AUGACUCAUUACAGAGAUUCAGCUUAUUUUUCAAAGUUAAUAUCGCUAGAGGGUAUACCCAAAGAGUUUCUCCCAAACCUUGACGAUAAUGAUUCCGUGGUAACGGACCCUCAGUUUGUAAAGAAUGAAGAUGAAUCUGAGCGCGAGGCGAACGGUUUUGAAGCGCCGGAAAAGGAAGAAACUGUGAAGAAGACAGUGGACCGGAAGUUGGAAUGGCCACUGUGUUGUUGGAUUUGCAGGCAGCCAAUAACAAAAAAGAAGUCGUAUAUUAUUUGUACAGAUAUGUGUAAGAGAUCGUACCAUAACAGAUGCCACGACUUUAUGAAAAAUUACUACCGGAGCAUCUACGACAAAGUUACCGCGAACAAGAAAUCCGCCCCCAGUAAUAAUAUAUCAGAGUUCAACAUUGAUCUUUCAUACUUCAAUGAUGGGUCUGUUUUCGCCUCAGAUCCUGAAGUUAAAGACGAAAUUGAUGAUCUCUCCACUGACUCUCUGAAUUCCUGUGCUGAUGAUUCACACACUUUUAUUGAUACUCUAAAAUUUUACACUAACACACUCAAUACUGAUGAUGAUAAUCUUAACAAUGAUAAUGAAACUAAUAAUGUUAACAUUUGUGUAAAUAAUAUCACUAAUGAGGAUGUAGAAGUUAAAAGUGAGAAUGGACAAAUUAAAAAUGGAAAUGGACAAGUUAAUGGGAAUAGAGAAGUUAAAAAUGAAAAUGAAGAAGUUAAUGAUGAUGUACAAGCUAAUGACAAUGUAAAGGUCAAUGAGAAUGGAAAAGCUAAAAGUGAAGAUGUACAUAAAAAGGAAGAAAAAACUGUUGAUAGUGUUAAGGUAGAAAGUUCUGAGGGUAAGAAGUGUUUCUUUUGUUCAAUAUCGCAUGUUGGUUGUAACGGAUGUAGGCAGUUUUUUGUACCGAAAAAUCUAGUAAAGUGCUGUAUAGAGGAGUGUACAACCUUUUACUGUUACCCCAAUUGUUUGUCGAAUACUCGAAUAAUAAUCCCGGACAAGAAGGUGAUUGAUAUAAACAUGAGUAUGUGCGGACAUUUGCAUAAUCUAGUGGAUGCUAAUGGACGCCCGAAGUUCAUUUGUCACUCUCACACGUGUUGGAGCUGUUAUGACUGUGACCGUUAUUCCUACUACUGGGAAACCUUUUGGCGUAAUGAGUAUGGUAAAGGGAAUAACGCUGCACUGGUUUCUGCAUGGAACACACUUAAAAGCUCUUGUCGGGGCAAAGUUGAGUCUUCACACUUUGCAAAGGGGAAAAAAAUCGCAAAACCACAACGUUACCCCGAUGUAAGAGGGUUUAAAACAUUUAUUCAGUCAAAGGCAUACUCGGCGUUUUCCACCAAUUCCGAUGAGCUAUAUUACUCAUCAGAUGAUGAUGAGGAAUAUUUCCAGAAAGGUCCGUCAAGCAUACUUUUGAAGUGUAUUCGCUGUGAUAGGACCUGGUGUACUCAUUGUGUGCACCCAGACGUUCACAUAGUUCCGAAGUCUGGGAAACAAAUUUUGUGCCAAGACUGUAUUCACGUGCAAAUUGGGUGUACCUUGGCACAAAACUCACGAGACUCAAGUAAUAUUUCAAACAUUGUAAAGAGGGAGUGUAUAUACCCAGUGAUAAGGCUUGAUACCAGUGUGCCAACUGAGAUCUUUACGCAGUUAAAAAACUUCAUAACUGAGCACUCGAAUUAUGAAAAGAAGUUAAAUUUAGAACCGACAUUUAUUUCAAAGCAUCCAGCACAAGAUUCUGAUGAUGACUCUCAAUUACUUGAUUUGCAUAAAUCCAUACUACAAAGAGCUAAAUCAAGACGUAAUAAAAAGGGUGAAUCCAACUCCACCACCAAAUCAAGUCAAAAUAAAACAGCACAACAAAAUAAAACUCAACAAACAAAGACAACGAAUCAACAAAAUAAAACUCCCAGUCAGCAAACAAAAACAACAACACAACAAAAUAGUAAGACAACAACUAAUCAAAAUAAUAAAACAACAACUCAACAAGCUAAAACAAGUCAGCAGAAUUUGAAGUUCUCAGGUUCCAAGGAAUGGAAUAAUAUAAUUAAAAAUUCUGAUGAAUCAAUAUUGAGUAAGAUAUCAAGUGAGUUCAGAUAUGUGACAUCAAAUGUGAUAAGCGCCGAGAAUAGAAAAUUAGUGAUAGCACCUGAAGCUGAAAUGAAGUGUCACUGUGACAAAAAAUGUGGAUCUGAUUGUAGUAAUGUGAUGAAAAACACCGAAUGUACUGUGAAAAACUGCAAUUUAAUGGAUGAAAAUUGUGGAAAUAGGCGUUUUUUAAACUUUACAGGCCCAAAACUAAAGCUUAAUUAUGUUGACGGUAAGGGGGUGGGAACAGUAGCAACUGAGGACAUAAAUGAGGGAGAAUUGGUUUGUGAGUAUGUAGGAGAAGUUAUUUCUCAAGCUGACUUUCAGCGCUGUUUGGCAAGUGCAAGUUUUGCGGAAAUUGACGAUGGGAACCAGAGUCACUGGUACGUCAUGAAGAUUCAGAGGGAUACAUAUAUUGACUCGACUCACCUGGGCAAUGUAGCACGUUUUAUUAAUCAUUCCUGUGAUCCAAACUGUGCAAGUGUCCCAAUCAAUGUUAGAGGGACAUAUCGAAUGGGUGUCUUUGCACAGAGAAAAAUCAAGCAGGGUGAAGAAGUAACAUAUAAUUAUGGAUUUACGUCUAAAGGAGUUGGAGGUGGGUUUAGAUGUAGAUGCAGAGCUAAAAAUUGCAGAGGAAUUAUAGGCUCACAAUUGGCACAUUCACCAGAAUCGCUCAUGAGUAUUGAGGCGUCUAAAUACUCAGGAGCUGAAGCUGACGUGCUUUCACAGUUAACCACUGAUAUGUCAUCCCUAACAGUUGCCAACAAAACUCAGUCACUAAAACAACAACCCUCACCAUUAGAUGUUUUGAAUGGUAUUUGGACCUGUGGUGAUCUCCAUAGAUAUGAAAAAAUUGUAGAAAUCUUAGAUAAAGAUACAAACUCAACGGGUUCUACUUUGAAUAAUCCUUUAAGAAAUUUGUUAGCAGAUAAUGCUCACGUAUCUGAGGCACAAUUCAACUACGUCAAACUCCUUACAUUAAACUCAAUGUCAUUUCUUGAUUUCGAUAUCGCAAAUACCAAAAAAUUUGCUACUAAUAUACCUUGGGCAUUAGUAGCUAUGGGUCAUAAAGAUAUAUCAAUACAAGUUGUAUCAUCAAUUAUUCAAUUAAUUAUUCAAUUAGUUGAUGAUAUAGUUAAUUUAUUAUAUAGUUAA